UACUUGCUGUUUUUUUUGUUUUACAAAAUUUUUCAUUUCCAUUUAAAAUAAAUUAAAAUAAAACAAAAUGCAUUUUUAACAAUUUCUUAAAAUAACAAACUUGUGUUCCUUGUCCCGAAAUAAAAAAAAAAUGUACAAAACAACAAAAUCAUGGAUGAUAUUGAUAAUUUUCUUAUUUCGCAUCGAAGUAAACUACAAGCCGAUAAAGAUUGUUUAAUUUUAAAUAAAUUAACAAACAAUAGACAAAACAAUUGCAUGUUAACAAAUAAACAAAUCAAUAAUAAUUACACUUUUUCACGAAAUACAAAUAAAAUUGAAAAAUCAACAAGAAAUGAAAAAAAUGAAAACGACAACGAAUUUCUGCUGCAACAAAGCAAAAGCAAAAACAAUUUUGUUGAUGAUUGUAGUAGUAAAAGUGCAAUUAUGGAUUUUCUUCAAUUGAAUAAUAACAAUGCCAUUGAACCUUUGACAACAACAAUUACAACUGCCGGCGGUAGUGCCGGCAAUUCACCACAAACAAAUACAACAACAAAAAACAUGUGCAGCAUAAAAACUAAUUCUUCUUCCAUGGCAACGAAUAAAUCGUCGCCACCGACAAAGUUGCUAAAUCAGCAAAAUAAGCCACGACCAAUUGAUAAUGGUAAUUUCCAAAUUUGUGACAAUUUAGGUAGCAGAUAUUUCAAUAAUUGUACUGACGACAAAACAAACAAGAAUUUAACCAAUUUAAAUGAGCGUCAAAGUGCAGCGAGUGCUGCAGUUGUUUUUGCUGACAAGGCAAAUAAAAAUGUUGCUUCUACUUCGACGAGAUAUCGCGUAAACAAGGAUGAUAUGGAGCAAUGGGUUUCGGAUACGUUUUAUUCCUAUUUUCCUGGCUUCAAUAAUGAGAAUAAAAAACGACAAGACCUACUACAAGAUCGUCAGUUAGAAUAUCAACAGAAUUUUCUUAAACAUCAAAUGAAUGAAGCUGCUGCCAAUAGUGGAAAGAAAAAACAUCAUUCCCAUCAUCAUAAUCAUGAAGAUACAACAACAAAAUUAGAACAAAAAAACAUUCCUCAAGAAAAUACCAUCAAACAUAAUAAACAACCACCACCUACAACAACAUCAACAACAUCACGCUCCUCCACCACCGAUAAGACUGAUUUAGAAAUUAUAGUUAAUAAUCCAGACUAUGAGAUUAAGUCGCCACGACCAGGUAGUGCACGUCAUAGAUUAUUGCAGGAUUUAAAACAUACAGAAAUUUCAAAUAUUGUUAAUAAUGAUGGUGUUACAGAACGCAAUCGACGCAAUGCUGAAAUUGAAAUGGCUAAGAAAAAGGAUUAUCAAAGAGAAUUAAUGGCUCAAAUAGAAGAACAUAGACGAUCAAUUGAAGUACUUAAAGAGAAAGAACGUCGCCAGGAGGAGGCCUUAACUAGAAAACUUGAGGAGCAGUUGAAAACAAUGCGCUUGCAAGAAGAAUUGGAAAAGGAAAAAAUGAGAGCCGAUAAGAUGCGCUUUGAUAGCGAACAAAAUCGUCUCAUGCGAGAACAUCUUCUUACCAAACUCGAAAAUGAUACAAAAGUCCUUGACUCAGCUGUUCGCAAAACACAGUCUGAAAUUGAUAAAAUCAGUCCAGUAAAAAACAAAGUCUACAAAUAUUUCAGCAAUUCAGCUCGUCAUGAAUUUCGUCGUGACUCCUCAAAUCAUGAACAACCAGCAUUUCAACUUGAUCUACCACCACCAUCAUCAUCGACAACAUCCAAUCAACAUCAUCAUCGUCGUCACGACAGCAAAAAGUGCUUCCAUGAAUUAAAUGAGACAAAUAUUUGUCCAUUUUGUGAUUCGUCAUUGAAGAGUUAUGAAAGUUGGUGUUUAAAAUGUGAAAAACGAAUAUUUGAUACCAAUACUAAUGAGACUGAUUCGCUUGUUUGUGAGAAUUGCAAGAAGCUCUAUUCGAUUUGCCCGAAUUGUGAUGAAGAAGGCAAUUGCAUGCAUUGUCAGAGAAAGCAAAACUUUUGUUCCAAUUGUCGAAAAACUUUGUGUUCCGAUUGUAUUGAUGCUAUUGCUGUUGGAAAAGAUAAUCAGCAUCAUCAUCAUCAUCAUCACAGGCAUAAAACCGAUUCGGAAAGAUCUUUUGAGAUAUUAGAAGUCAAUUAUCCCGAACACGACGAUGAAGCCGCCAAUGACUUGAAUAACAAUCACGAAACACGGAAUCGACCACCAUACUCAAUGAAUAUUGAUCGCAAUUCUAUUUUUCAUCAUGAUUACAAUCAUAGCAAAUUGUACGAUGAUGAGAAUAGCAUUGAAGAAAUUCGUCAUCAGACUGAUAAACAGCUAUCGCGAUAUUUGAAAAACUAUGGGGAUUUAGCUUGUAAGGGAUUGCGCGAUCGAAGUACUCAAACAACGCCAGAUAGUGCCUCCAGAAGAGAUAUUGUAAUGGUGGAGGAGAAUAAUCUAUCGAUGCCAUUGCUGCGGGAGAUGCCACGAAUGACACGAAAGGAAAGUAAUCGUCAACAAGCAGAAAGGAAGAAGAAAGGUACUCGAAUAGAAAAUCUUGCUAGAAGAUGGGAGGUUCCAGCUGUUCAAAAACACACCAUAACAACGAACUCUCCAAAGGUUCUAACACAACUAGGGGCUAUUAGAAAACAAUUGCAGUCCGAGCAGCUACAUUUGGAUUUUUAAUCCUCAAGAAAUUUGCAUUCCUAAUUGAAUUACAUAAAUAAAAAAAAAAAAACAAUUAAUAUUACUAACCAAGUGCUAAUGUAACAAAUAA